AUGAAAAGAAAUAUUACUGCGCAACUAGAGACGAACGAUAGUCUUACUGCUACAGCAGAUCCAUGUGAAGGGGUGGAAUGUCCUUCAUCCCAAGUGUGCCAACUUGACGAACAUCGGAAUCCCAUUUGCAGAUGUAAUGCCUUGUGUUCGCCAGAUCUGAGGCCAGUUUGUGGAUCGGAUGGAAAGACGUAUACGAAUGAAUGUACAUUAAGGGUUGAAGGAUGCAAAUCAAGAAAGAUUAUUCGGAUUAUUUACACAGGAGAAUGCAGCGCAGGUGCAAACCCAUGUGAAAGUUUGAACUGUGGUCCUAACCAAGAAUGUGACAUUGACCGUUACGGGAUUGCUACCUGCCAGUGUCCGCCCAAGUGUGAACCCGUCAUGCGACCCGUCUGUGGAUCCGAUGGCCGUACUUACGAUAAUGACUGCGACCUCCACCGCGAAUCGUGUCUUGCCAAGCGAGAAGUCACGCUGGCUUACAGGGGAGAGUGCGGUGAGCGUGGUCCAUGCCACAAACAUACUUGUCACUUCGGAUCUAUAUGUGUAUCGAAAGGUGGUUAUGCUGUAUGUGAAUGCCCAACUUGUACGGAGGAAUUUGAACCAGUUUGUGGAACAGACGGUAUAUCUUACACAAAUAUAUGCAAGUUAAAACAAGAAGGAUGCGAUCAAAAGACAGAUAUAGACGUUGCAUACACAGGACUGUGCAAUGGAUGCGAGAAUAAGAAAUGCGAGCAUUAUGCUGUAUGUGAGAGUAAUGGAAAAAAAGAAGCUCGUUGUGUAUGCCCACAUUCCUGCAUAAAGGUUGAAUCAUCCGUGUGUGGUACAGAUGGCAUUACGUAUUUGAAUGAAUGUGAAAUGCGAGUAGCUGCAUGCAACAAACAACAGUAUGUCGUGGUUGGAUCUAGAGGUCCAUGUGAUUUAUGUCAAAACGUUCACUGCAAAUAUGGAGCACGAUGCGAAAAUGGACAGUGCGUUUGCCCCGUUGACUGUCCUGAAAACUACGAUCCGGUUUGCGCCAACGAUGGGAUAACAUAUCGCAAUGAAUGCGAGAUGCGGCGGGAAGCAUGCAUGAAAAGUGAGGAGUUUAAGGUUGUUAUCUACGGAGAAUGUGAAGACAUCGGAAGUUCUGGCCAAGAUAUGGGAUCCGGAAGCAGGGGUUGUCAAGAAAAAAAUUGCAAAUUCGGUGCUACUUGUGAAUAUGGUAUAGAUGGUCUGCCUCGAUGUGUGUGCAACUUUAAUUGUCCUCCAGGUGGGAAAGCAGUAUGCGGGUCCGAUAAUGCUAUCCAUAUGAAUGACUGCACAUUGAAAGAAGAAGCAUGCCGUCUUCAACUACAAAUAUAUAUAUUACCCAUGUCAAUGUGUGAAGAAUAUAAAGAUAUUCCUUGUGAUGGUGAGCGCCCUAUUGUGAAUCCAGUAACAGGUGAAGACUAUGAUUGCGGUGAAGAUUCCAAGCAUUGCCCUCCGAGUAGUUAUUGUCAUGAAACCUCUUCAUUUGCCAAGUGCUGUCGAGAAGUUGCUAUGAUUCAGACAUGCGCUGAUACAACAUUUGGUUGCUGUCCAGAUGACCAGACAGCUGCUUCGGGACCUAACAAUGCUGGGUGUCCAAGCGUGUGCAACUGCAAUAAACUAGGCUCUUACGGUUUAACAUGUGACGCUGAAACAAAACAGUGUUCUUGCAAGCCUGGAGUCGGUGGACUGCGAUGUGACAGAUGCGAACCAGGAUACUGGGGCCUGCACAAAGCGACUGAAGGAAACAGUGGAUGCUCUUCAUGCAACUGCAAUCAGUAUGGGUCUGUUCGAGAUGACUGCGAACAGAUGACUGGGCGAUGUGUCUGCAAGCAAGGCAUCAAGGGAAUGAAGUGUGACGUCUGUCCGGCAGGAACUGUCCUUGGACCAGAAGGAUGCAUGGAUG